AUGGAUUGUUAUUUAGUAUCACCUCCUUUGUUAAUAUAUUCACUCCUUUUGUUAGUGGAAGUAAAUAAUCAUCAAAUUAGUUAAGAAUUAAGAGAUUAAUAUGGUAAUCGAAUUGCGUUAUUUGUUUUAUUAUUCCUAGUAUCUUUGGGAUAAUUCAUGUUCAUCUAAGGUUUCAUACAUUAUAACUUAUAUUACAUUAUAAUUGGUAGAAUUCUUAUAAGCAUUGGAAUUGAACCUUGUGGAGCUAUUCAAACUAGUUUACUCUCAUAAUAUUUUAAAUUUGAUCAUUUAGUAUAAUAAUAUUAAUAUUAGGCAUUAGUUGUUGGAUUAUGUGAAUUAUUUGCUUCUUUUGGAACUAUUAGUGUGAUGUAUUUAGCACCAAAAUUAGCAUCUUAAUACAAUUUGAUAUUUGCAAUAUAGAGUGGUAGUUUUGCCAUAGCAAUGAGUGUUGUAUGUUGUAUUAUAACUAUUGUAUAUGAUAUAAAUGCAGAAAAUGUAUAACAAGAAAAUGAAAUAUAAAAUACUGAGAUUAUUAAUAAAAAUAAUCAAAAAGAGGACUUCCCUUUUAUAUAUUGGAUAAUUAUAAUCUAUAAUAUGUUACUCUUUGGAUCUUUAUUGACCUUUAGUAAUUUUUCAGUAGGAAUAUUAUCUGAAAGAUGGUAUAUAGAUGAUGAAUAAGCAGAAGAAAAGACAGGUUAAAUGAUGGCCAUAAUGUGGGGAAUAUCUUCUAUUCUCACUCCAUUUUUUGGUUAUUUAAUUGAUAAAUAUAAGAAUAGAUCUUUAUUUGUAAAUUUAUAUUAAAUAUAUUAUAGAAUAUUGGAGCAUCAUGUCUUGGUUUUUUAGGUUUGAUGUAAAUUUGGUAUUAUGCACCUUUUUUAGCUAUUAAUUUAUUAGGAAUUUCUUAUGCUAUAAUGUGUGCUAGUGUUUGGUCUAGUAUUGUUUAUGUAAUUGAUGAGACUAAUCUAGGAUAAGGUUAUGCUUAUCUAUUAUCAUCUUGUAAUUUCUUAUUAUCUAUUUUACCUCUUACCAUUAGCUUAAUUAAAAUUAAAACUGCAAGCUUUUUCAUUUCUGUAAUCAUGCUCGCAAUAUUACUUUUUAUCACUAUAUUACUUGGAAUUUACAUUUAUUUCUUAGAUAAUCAAUAAAAUAAUAUUCUAGAUGGUUAAAUACAAUUAACUUAAAAUUCAUAUGAAUAAUUAAAACAAGAUGAAAUCUGA